AUGGCCAUAGUAAGCAAACCGACAGUCUCGCCAGACACCUUCACCGUCGCCAUCCUUGGCGGUGGCAUCGGUGGUCUCGCCAUGGCUCUAUCUCUGGCCACGCAGGUUCCUUCUCUCAAGAACAUCACCGUCUACGAACAAGCACCGGCUUACAAGGAAAUCGGAGCCGGCAUCGGGAUCGGCGUCAACGCAGGCCGCAUCCUCAAGCGUUACGGCGUCUUCGAUGCCGCAAAUGCCAUCUCGGGCGACCGCAACGGCAUCCACCGCAGUUUGAGACGCUGGGACAACGGCGAUGAGAUUGUUUCCGUCAGCGCCAUGGACGAGGACGAGGCCAACGGUGGCGUUCGCCAGCUGAGCGUCCACCGCGCCGAGUUUCUGCAGGUUCUGUACGAGCAUAUCCGGGACACGACAUGCGCCAAGCUGGAGACGAACAAGAGGGCUGUUGAGAUUGUCGACGAUGCCAAGGGCGGCAGGGCAACCGUUCACUUCGCCGACGGUACCAGCGCCUCGGCCGAUCUCAUCAUUGCCUGUGACGGCAUCCACUCCAACGUGCGUCGCCAACUUUCCAAGGCCGCGGACAUGGCACCGCGAUACUCGGGUCGCGUCUGCUACCGUGGUCUGCUGCCAAUGUCAGCCGUUGAGAAGGACUGGCCUUAUGACUCCUUUGCAAUUUCAUGGCUGGGACCGGACAGGCACUUCCUCGUCUUCCCCAUCUCUCAGAACAAGACACUCAACGUUGUCGCCUUUGUGAGCAAGCCCGAGGCCGAGCUCGGUGACUUGAAGGAGAGUUGGUCAAGCACCGCCCCGCGAUCAGAGGUUGAGAAGGAGUUUGCUGGCUGGGAGGAGACGGUUCAGAAGGUGGUUCACGCCAUGGAGCCGAACCCUGGCAAGUGGAAGCUCAACGACCGCGAGCUGCUCGACCACUGGGUGUACCUAGGUGGAAAGGUUGCCCUCAGUGGUGACGCCGCUCACGCCAUGCUUCCUCACCAAGGUUCCGGUGCCGGCCACGCAAUCGAGGACUCAUUCGUCAUGGGCCAAGCCGUCAAGGCCUUCUUUGAAAACCCAUCUCUCGGCCUAGAAACAUACAUGAAGCUAUACCAAGAAACUAGACUGCCUCGCGCCCAAAAAGCCCAGCUGACAUCUCGCCAAGCCGGCGACGUCUACGAGAUGCAAGGCCCCGACUUUGACGGCCUGCACUUUGACCAGCGCCUGCAAGUCAUCCACGACAAGUUCAAGGACCGCAUGACUUGGGUUUGGGGCCACGAUCUGGAGGCCGACUUCAUCGCGACUCGGACUCGUCUUGGGCUGUAA